AUGUUAGCUGUUUCAAUGAGUGAAGAAGAAGUAGAAAAUAGACUUCUUGAAGAUAUUGAACAUUUGGCUUGUAUUGUUGUUGUUAAUAGUCCUCCUUAUCCUGAUGUAUUUAAAGCACGUCUUCGUAUUGAAAAUGCAUUUCAUUCAUAUCAAAUGAAUCGAUUUGAUAUUGAAAAAGAAAUGCUUUCAUCAUUGAAAGAUAUUCGAGAAUUUCCAAUACAAGAUAAAAAACAAAUCUUCGAUCCGAUAUGUGCAAAAGUAAAACUUUAUUCAAGUGUUAUUGGUGAGCAAAUGAAUGAUAAUAUACCGGUUAAUGGUCAAUAUUGGUGGUCAAAUGUGAGACAAGCUGUGAGAUUUUAUGAUGCUAUGGCAUCAAUUCAGCAACAUGAUGCCCCAACUGUUUUUCUCGAGUUGUCACCACAUCCAGUUUUAGCAACAUCUAUUCGUGAAUGUUAUGAAUU